CGUAUUUUUUUUUUCAUCACGUAAAUUACAUAUUAAACAGACUUCAAAUAUUUUUUAUAAAGUACAAUAUAUGUUGGCAAAAAAAAAAAAAAUAAAUGAAAUGAUAUUUAAAAUGAGAAAGUAAAACAAAUUUUUUAUCAUUUUCAUAAUAAACAUUGUGCACCUUUCAAGUUUUUCAAAAAAUGGACACUCACUUUUUUUGGAAAUUGUAUAUUUUCCUAGGUAUUCUCGUACAACUCUCAAUUGCAGCUCUAAGUGACUUCGAUUUAUUAGUAUUCGCCCAACAAUGGCCAAAAUCAACCUGCAUCAAAUCUAGAAAACCACCAAGUCAAUGUAUUUUACCACGAAAUGAUGAUUGGACAAUUCAUGGAAUUUGGCCAACUAAAUCGGGUCAAAGAGGUCCAGAGAGUUGUCGAGCAGAUUUACCAUUUAGAGCUCAAGAAGUGCAAUCAAUAAGAAGUCGAUUAUUAAUACAAUGGCUAAAUGUUUUGAAUAAUAAUCCAGUUAGAUUUUGGAAGCACGAAUGGGAAAAGCAUGGCACGUGCUCUGUUGAUUUAGCAGAUUUAAAUACACAAUUAAAAUAUUUCAGUAAAGCUCUAGAAUGGAAUAAUAGAUAUAAAAUAGGAAGUAUCCUUGGAAUUGAUCGUAUAACACCUGGUAAAAAUUAUGCCAUAAAAGAUAUUUUAACAGCUCUCAAUCAAGGUUUAAGAGAAUCAUCUCAAGUUACUUGUAUCAAAGAUGCUGCAAAUAAACAAUACUUGCAUGAAGUAAGGAUUUGUAUAGACAAGAAUUUGAAAUUAAUCAGUUGCAGAGGGCAUUUGGCCUUUGAGACAAAUUGCGAUUCAAGAACAAAUGUUGAAUAUCCCAGCCGAUGAAAUAUAAAACGAUAUGGUCAAAUUAUUCAUUAUAAAUAUAUAUAAAAAGUAAAAAAUUUUUAAUUCAAUAUUUUAUAUGUACAUACACAUAAUAUUUUUUAUUUUGUUGUUCAAAAAAUUUGUUAUUUGUUGUAAUUGAGUCGCCGGAAAGUAA